AUGUCUGUUCCUCUCCUUUUGUUACUUGACCCUCUAGCCGAUCAUUCUCUAGGGCGAUCUCAAGACACUGUGCCCAUAUGUUGGUUUUUUUCCCUCUUCUUCUCAAUGACAUAUCAACUCAACAUCAUCCAGGCAUGCUACAGGCCCCCUCUGGCAUCUAAUCCUGUUUAUCCAAGCCUCUCUCCUUCAGAAGCCACUGUUUGUCUUCUGGAUGAGCACACAUGUUCCAAUCAACAAUGCGUGUUCAUGGUCAAGCCUGACAGCCAUCUUCAAAUCCCAGAAUCAAAGAGACCUAGGGUACUAUUCAAAGUCCCUGUUCCUCAGGUGGAUCUCCCAGCCCUAAUGCCAAAGAAUGAGUGUACCAUCCUGUUCUCUAUGACCUCACCAGGUAGUAUGGUCUUUGGACACUUGGUGACAGAUGCUCUUGCAAGAAGGCACCUCGCUGACUCCCACAUCCUGGCCUCCUGGGACGAGAGGUUCAAAUGGAGGACUGAAUAUGUCUGGCACUUUUCUUGGCCAGGAUAUGACAUGAGGAAGAUCAUUGCAUUUUCUCUCAAAAAUGCAGGCAUUCAUAUGCACGAAGACCUUGUGUUCUUUUUGGCUAGUCACAUAAAGACAUUCAUCUUAGAAUGUAUGAAAGGUGCACUCAAAGGUGCAGGCACUGACCUGAACUGGGCCAUCACAGAGGACCACACCCUCGAUGACUUUGGUAUCUCAUCAUUCUGGAUGCUGGAAAAUGAUAUGUGGUGUGUCAUGGUCACCAUGAAACAGGAUAUUGCUGAUGAAUAUUCAUUCUGCUUGGAGAGAGCAGUGGUGGAGGUGGCAGUGGAAAAGGAGACAAAAAGGAAAGCCUCAUGA